AUGCUCCUCUCCUUUGACUUGGACGUCGUUCGGGAGGAAUAACUUGACGUCGAAGCGCCGAGAGCCGAAGGCGAAGCCGUGGCGGAAGAUCCGGUCGAGGUCAACGCCGAAGGGUUGCUUCGAUCCUUGCUCGUGCUCUUGCCCUUGCUGCGGUUGCGCGACUUGAUGACAUCCGUUUUGAGGGAGAUGGGUCUCGGUCGACCUUUCAUCUUGAAGAAGAGGGCGCAGGCGUUACAUAGGAUGUGCGAGCUGUCGUGCGAUCUACGCCAGAGCGGUGUUGUCUGUGCGGAGCAAACCAACCGAGUCAGUUCACCGUGGGCUUGA